AUGGGCGGCACUGGGAAGGCCUUGAACGGGUGCUACAUCACUACGCUCGGAUCUUAUCAAAACUGGCAGCCCUCGGAGAUCGCGAGAUGGAUCAAGAACCAGGGAGGGCGCUUCGAAGCCAGGGUCAGCGAAAGUACCACGCAUCUCAUCGUGAGCGAAAAGGAGUGGAAGUCCCAAAGCAAGCCAAUCCCGCAAGUGUUGCAACAGAACGGCGCCACCGACCGCAAAAUCAAGAUCGUUAGCUUUGACUGGCUUUACGAAUCCUUGGAUCACAAAACGAAAAGGAGCGAGGCUCCCUUCCGCUGGGAGAAGAUCGACCCGAAGAGCAUGAAGAAGACGAAGCACUCCAUGAACGUUCAUGAAGAUGAGCCCGUCAAAGAAGAUUCCCCUGUUGUACGCGGCCCGAGGAACCAUACGGGUAUGAUGGCCGAGGUCUUCCAUGGGAGCACCGAUCACUUUGUUCCCGAGCAGGAGAAGCGCAGAAUCGACAAAGAAAUCGAACUCCAAAAGGCCGCGCAGGAGCAGAUCGAACGAGAAGAUCGCGAGGCUAAAGAGCUGGCUGCCAAAGAGGAGGCGAAGAAGGCGGCGGAAGUCUUCAAGAAAGGGGCGAAGAAAGCUCGCAACGAGAUCUUCUCUGACAAUCAUCACAUCUACACUGACAGCACCGGCUUCAAGUUCGAUGUGGUGCUGGUCAAAGUCGACACAAAGCACAAUCGCAAUGAGCGUUGGGCUCUCACGCUCCAGAUCUACGAGUCCAACAGCAAACCGUACACCUACGCCAUGAACGGCCAGUUCGCCGGGACAGGCAAGCAUCCCUCCAACAACGUCCUGGCAGCCAUCGGGUGCAUUUUCCCCACGGCUCUACGCGUGUUCAAAAAGGAGUUCAAACUGAGGACCGGAGGUGUCGACUGGGACCGCCGCAUCAGUGCUGCCAUCGAGCGCGCCAGUCGCGAGAGGCGUGACCGCGGACUCGCCGUGGGCUCGGAUGUUGGCACUCAAAAAGGUGUGCCGGUCAGCGACAGUGCAGCCGCCGCAGCGACCGCGGAGCCCGACUUCGCCAAUCUUCCCUUCCACUACCAUCCACCAACUCUAGGGCCGAAGGGAGAGUUGCCGGAGAGUGAGAAGGAGCAUCUGGGGAAUCUGCGCUCUACUAUCGGGCCUGACAGAGGCAAGAUGCACUCCAAGCACGCCGAGAUUCAAGCCUGGAUGAGCGGAGCCAACGGUGCGGCGAACCGUUCGGACGCACAUGCUCCCCCUCAGACGCUUUCGGAUGAUGAGCUGAGUCUUUUCAUCAACAAUUUGCUCUCUGGUGGCGGUGAUGGCGACGGCACAAGCGACAACAACGAUUGUUCCAACAUUACUGCGACCCAAGUGGACGCGAACCACCACGUCACCGAUGUCUUCGAUUACCCUUUCAACAACGAUACCGAUAUCGAGGCUCACACGCAAGACAACCAGAACGAUGAUACGGCUCAACAGAUCCCACCUGAAACUCAGAACGAAGUCUUCAACUCCUUCCAGCCGGAAACGCAGCCAGUGGGCGAGACUCAAAUUGCUCAGCAAGCUCGCGCGGAGUUUGAAGAAGCCAUCGACCUUCCUGGGCAAAAUGACGUGGAGCAUGGCGGGGAGAAGGGCGAUUCAAACCCUGCAGAGCUGCACCUUGGCUCCUCCCUGCUGGGGAAGCGCAAGUCGUCGCCUGGAAUGGAGGAUGGGGAGCCAGCCGGUAAGAAGGCGAAGCACACCGACGGAGGGGAGGCGAUCGGGAACGGCGACUGUGCUGAGGAGUCUACUUCUUCUCACACUGGCGGUGCGGCCGGAUCUGAGGAUCUGCUUCACGACGAGGGGCAGAAAGGAGGUCUGGAAUCGGAAAUGCAAGCUGUGGAUGGGGGUGAGAUGCAGAUUGCAUGA